GUGUUGUCGGAAAUCGUUCGACAGUCGACGAUUUUCACAUGUCGAACGUCGGUGGCGUUUCUUUCCCACAUUUUUCUGGGCGCUGGUGAAACUCUGUGCCGCUCGAAGGGGGAUAAAAAUGGGCAAGGACGACGCCGAGACUAUAGCCCUGAAGAAAGAACUGGAGGAUCUCAUCAACAAGUGCAAGGAAGAACAAAAGAAGCAACAGGAUACAACGUUGGAGCAAGUGUGCAGCGGGGUGGCGGAUGCUUCGAAAGUUAGACUGUCGACCAAGAAGAUGCUGAAGGGGCACAUUAAUAAGGUCAACUCGGUACACUACAGUGGCGACAGUCGACACUGCGUGACCGGAUCGUUGGACGGGAAGCUAAUCAUCUGGGACACGUGGACCGGCAACAAGGUGCAGGUGAUCCCGUUGCGCUCGGCCUGGGUGAUGUCGGUGGCUUUCGCGCCGUCCGGCAACUUCGUCGCGUGCGGCGGCAUGGACAACAUGUGCACCGUCUACGACGUGAACAAUCGCGACGCCACGGGCUCCGCCAAGAUCGUGAGGGAGCUUCUGGGCUACGAGGGUUUUCUGUCGUCCUGCAGAUUCCUCGACGACAAGAACAUCAUCACCGGCUCCGGCGACAUGAAAAUUUGCAUAUGGGACCUCGAGGCAAACAAGAAGACGACGGACUUCGAGGCGCACGCGGGCGACGUAGUGAGCAUCAGCCUGUCCCCCGACGGCAACACUUACGUCACCGGCUCGGUCGACAAAACCUGCAAACUGUGGGAUUUGCGGGAGGAGAAAGCCAAGCAGACGUUCUUCGGUCACGAGGCCGACGUAAACUCCGUCUGCUACCAUCCCUCCGGGCAGGCUUUCGUAACGGCGUCCGAGGACAAAACCGCGAGGCUGUGGGACCUCAGAUCCGAUCAGCAGUUGACGACCUUCAAGCCACCGAACUCGAAACCCGGGUUCACGUCCUGCGGCCUGUCUCUGAGCGGCAGAUUCAUAUUUUGCGGCAGCGACGACAACUCCAUUCACAUAUGGGACACGUUGAAGAAUCAACACAACGGUGUCUUAUCCGGUCAUGAGAACAGAGUGACGUCGCUCUGCGUCUCUGGUAACGGGAUGGCAGUGGCCAGCUGCUCCUGGGAUCAGAACGUCCGAAUUUGGGUGUGAAUACGUAUAAUUACAUUUAAGAUAGCUGUCCGAAGUAAUCGAUGAGAAAACACUGGGCGGAAUAUAUUACCACGAAAUAUGUUGAUGUUAAAAAUCGAUUCUUCUUGCACGAAACUUGCCUUUAGUCCACAAUCACAGCGCAAUCGGUGCCUUACUCUGUAUCAAAAUAUUCUUUGCGUUCGCAAUCUGCAUCCAUUAUAAACUAAAAAAAAUAUAUUUAAAAAAUACAAAAAA